AUGCAGAAAUUGGUCAAGGGAAUUUUGAACAAUCUACAGGAGGAGGGGGAGGUGAUUACUGUUGUUUUGAACCUGCUGGUCAUCAUUUCAGUCUCCCACUUUAGGCAGCUGCACUCUCCCACUAACACCAUCCUCCUCUCUCUGGCUGUCUCAGAUUUUCUCGUGGGGCUUCUGUUGUUGCCAUUAGAAAUUUACAGAAACACAUCUUGCUGGUUUCUUGGGGAAAUUGUGUGUGCUGUUUAUUAUUUUCUUGGCUGCUAUAUUCCAUAUACUUCAAUUGGUAACAUUGUUUUAAUAUCAGUUGACCGCUAUGUGGCCAUUUGUCACCCUCUGCAUUAUCCCACCACAAUCACUGCAGUAAAAGCUAAGCUCUAUGCUACAGGAGUGGUUGAUCUCAUUUUGACUUUUGUUCUUCCAGUAACAGCCAUAGUUGUUCUGUACAUGAAGGUGUUUGUGGUGGCUGUGAUUCAGGCUCGUUCCAUGCGUUCUCAUGUUACAUUUGUUUCUGUUCAACAUCCAGUUAAAGUAAAAGCAAAGAAAUCAGAGCUGAAGGCAGCCAGAACUCUUGGUGUUCUUGUCUUUACAUAUUUGUUAUGUUUUUGUCCUUUGUACUGUUAUACUUUCAUAGACGUUAAUUUGACUGACACAUCUAAUAUGUACUUGUUGACUGGUCUGUUUUAUUUCAAUUCCUGUCUAAACCCAGUGAUCUACACUCUAUUCUACCCUUGGUUCAGGAAAGCUGUUAAAGUCAUUAUCACUCUGCAGAUACUGAAUCCUGACUCCUGUGAGACAAACAUGCUGUAGAGAAACUGUGGAGUUACUAAGGGAACAUCCUUUUAUAACAAUUACUUCCAUCACAGUUAGAAAUGAGCUGCAUUUAUUUAACAAUCCUGUUAGCAAAGCAGAGAGCAGACGGUUCAAAUAGCCUCCAAAAGAACACAUAAAUCAUCAUAUCUUAGCUCUGAAUUUGACAGUUCUUUUGUCGGGCAAAUACUUAGACAGACCAACAGGACGAACAAAAGAUUGUGUAGGGCCAGGUCAAAAAGCUGAAUUCUAUUAAUCAUAUUUGUAUUUCUUCA